CCGAACCCGGCCCAGUUACUAGACUAUUGAGUUCGUUUAUUAACCGUUGGAUCUAGUAAGAUCUAAAGGUCGAAAUGAAUCGAGCGCUUGCACCCCAACAUUUCUAAUUUCUGAAAAUUCCAACCGGAGCACGCGACGACAACGGUUCCAACUGUAGGUAUUUUGAUUUCCUUCUUCUUCUUCACCGUUUCCUUUCUUCCAUCUUCUUCUUCGCGACUUCACCGAACCACGUGAGCAGACCAGCAGCGGAGCAGUAUUCGGAGUGGAUCGAACGUCUUCAACGUAAAUAUCAAACCCUAAUCUUCAUCUUCACCUGGGUUCGUCUCCUACAGUGCGAUCUAUUGUCGGUGAUAAUUUUGCGGGAAUGGAGGAGUCCGAGAAAAGAAGGGAAAGGCUGAAGGCAAUGCGGAUGGAAGCUGCCCAAGCAGGAGUUGAUGAGGCCCUAGGUGGUUCUGGAUUACCAUUCUCUGGCCUUUCAAAUCCCUUAAUCGAAAGCAGCGAAACCAUUUCUACCCACAAUUAUCCAAGAUUUGAUUAUUACACAGACCCAAUGUCUGCAUUCUCUGGAAGUAGGAGUAAUCACAACUUACCUCCAAGAGCUGCAUAUCAAAGUAUGACUCCUAGUCCUAGUCCUAGUCCCCUGGUUCAUCGAUAUCCACCUCAGAACUCUCCAAGUCAGAGAAUGUACCAAGCCCCAGCAACACAUUUCAAUCAGGGCCCUCCCCCUCCUAGAAGUCCGAUGGAAGGAUUUGGUAGACCCCCAGGGAUGUACCAAGCACCAGCAACACAUUUCAAUCAGGGCCCUCCCCCUCCCACAAGUCUGAUGGGACGAUUUGGUAGACCCCCAGGGAAUCCGCCACAUGCUUGGGGAGGAUCCGGUGGUACAUUCAACUAUCGCCCUCCCCCCAAUUUGUCCGGAGGAGGCAAUAACUUCGCCGGCCCUAUUUACAGCAGAGGCAGGGGUAGAGGUCAGUGGAACAACAGUAAUCCCCAUUAUUGGUCAGAACGGGGGCGCAGCCAGCCUCAUGAUUCAGGAAGAGGCAGGGGUCGAGGCACGGGACCAAGUGGGAGGAGAGGAGCUAGUUCACAUGAGCCAAUUUCAGCUGAGCUACGGCCUGAUUUGUACUACAGUAAGCAGAUGGUGGAAGAUCCAUGGAAGAUGUUGACUCCCUGUAUUUGGAAGGGUGUCGAUGAUCAGACUAACAAACAAUCAUGGCUUCCGGAAUCCAUCAGCAUGAAGAGAGCCAAAGUUUCUCCUGAAUCUUCAAAGAUUUCAAUUCCACAGCCUAGCCUCGCCGAAUACCUCGCAGCCUCAUUUGAUGAUCAGCAAGAUGCCGCCUGAGAAAUGGGGUAUCCAUUUCUGGCAAGCAGUAGUUCAUCUUUCCGCAGGUACCUCUAAACCUGAACUUUACAUUCGCUUGAUUCUCCUCUUCCCCUGAAAUUUAGGUCUGCUUUUUGAGGUUUGUUAUGUCUAUUUGUCUAACGUAAGACACAGCCCUUUGUAUCUGUUAGAAGCAGUGAAAUCUUUUACCGUAUAGAACCAGAAAUAUGGGAAUCCUUUUGAUGAAAUCUUUAGGUUUUGUUUGUUCAUACUAGGAAGAAAAAAAUUUAAUUGAAAAUAGGUGAUAGAUGUAAAAUUUUAAAUGGUAUUUGGGAUAUUAGUAAUUAAUUAAUUAUUCUGAAUUUUUAUAUUGAUGAUUGAAAUAUGAAACUGCUCCUGGGUUCGGCAUUAUGAAUUUGUUGUUGAGGGCAGGGGAUCCUUGGCCCCCAACCCCUCUUCCUUUGGUCACCCAGCUGAAAUUUGGGUGUCUCUGGUUUUGUUAGGGAUGGCAAUGGUAGGGGUAGAUCCGACCUGGACCCUCUCCAUUUAUUUAGGAUCGGGUCUAAUUAUUUGAGUAUUGGGUCAGGUAUGGUUCGGAUCUUUAAUAAAUUUUUGAGAGUCGGGUGAGGUCCGGGGUUUAAUAGCAGAUCCUAUCCAACCCAGACCUGGACCCUAUUAAUUAAAAUAAUAAAUUUUAUUAUUUUUUUCUAUUUUAAUUUCUAUUCCCGACUGUACCCUAUCCAUUGGCAUCCCUAAGUUCUGUGAGUUGUGGUUGGAGAGAUGUUUGUUUUUGAGUACUUCAUUUCGUCGUCCCC